ACCAGACAACAAAAUGUGAACUUGGCGAAGAGGAAGAAAGGAAACUAUUUUGAUCACAGGACAAUAAAUCACUGAUAAAAUGUGGAUAUAUAUGUUUUAGUACUAUCCAGCCAAAUUAUGCUUUUAUCACACAUAAAGGUUACUAUAAUGAUACUGCAAUGUGAAAUUGAAGAAAGUUAUGCUUAGAGGUUGGAUUACAUGAGCCUCUUGCUUCUACUAUUUUCUCUCUCCUCUUUCUCUCUCUCUCUCUCUCUCUCUCUCUCCCUCUCCCUCUCUCGCUCACACAUUAAUUCAGCCAAAUGAAACUGUUGGAUGAAGUACCACCAAGAUGCAUUCUAAAGUGUAAUUCCUCUGAAAUAAGUAUGUAGCUUUAUUAGAAAACCAAAGUACCGGUCAAAAGGUGAAAAAAAUGUAUUAUAUUAUGAUGAAAAAGAGGUCAUUUAAGAAAAGGCUGAAACAGCACUUCUUUUUGAAAUGGCAUAUGGAGGCUUUUAUAACGCUAAAAAAAGGUGACUUUUUCUUAAUAUCUGUCCUUAUUCUCUGCUUAUGAACAGAAAGAAAAUGUUUGAAGAUAAGGUCACUUUAAAUUCUAGGCCACGGCACAUGUUCCUCUCUGGGGCCGAAUGCCCUCAUCGUUCCCCCUUUCAACUAAUGAUAACUGUUCUACCCAUCCACCACUCCUGUCUACUAGAAAAACAGUUGACAAGAAAUAAUGUCAGAGUUGCGCCUGCGACACACCAGAAAUCAUUUCUCCCAGCAAAAGUCACUUAUUUCAAAGAAUAAGUAAUGAAAUGAGCAAGGGAAAAUUAAGUCAAUUUUAAAAUCCGUUAUUAGUUGCUUCUCUUUAGUCAUAAUGGAAAUGGGGGGGGUAGGAAUUACAGAUUCAAUAACAUGCAUUUUUUUCCAUUACGGAGAAUGGCUAAUUCAAUGGAUGAAUCAUUAGAGAAAGAUCCCUCUGGCCUUGUGGAACUCCAGACAGAGAAACAAAAAGGAAAAAGUUUCAGAUAGAAAAUAUACCAUAAAAUUGUUGGGAAAAGUGAUCUACAACCCCCAACGAAAUUACCUCUUCUGGCAAUUAAGAGACCGUUUGUUAGAGCAUUAAUAGCCCCAGGCAAACUAAACAAACCCGGUCCUGGCUGCCGGUAAUGACAGAUUUCUUAGGGAGUAUUAUUUAAUUAACAAUAAUGUGAAAGAGCAGCUCGGCUGAGACACACUGCAUGUACUUACUGGAAACACUGAGCAACGGUCGUGGAAAAGACGUGCAAUGUGUUAGCCUUCCCAUUAUCUUUCUGAAAUACAUGAGUCGCUGAUAGGUAUUAUACGUAAGUAGUCACUAGGUAUUUUCAGCUGAGGCCAACAUGUCCAAAGAACUUUAGCUCUUACUGUACAAGGCUGCUAAUCGUCCUCUGCAGUUUGAUUCCGUGAAGAAAUCCCCCAGGGCCUCAAAUGUUCAGGGACAGCAUUCUUUGUCCUUCCCCCAUCUAGACAAGGGCAACUGCCGCCCCCCUCCCCUGUGUACACCAGGCUCCCUCCCACCCCACACAUCAUUUGCCGCUGAUCACCUAACAUAAGUGAUGCCUUUUGUUCUCCUUCCCGUCCCAAGGAGCUGUGGGGUGCGUUAGCAACUUGUGGCUGGCUGGGCCUUCCUCCCCCAGAGACGCCUUCCGACCCCAUGGCACUGGCAGAGGGGGAAAGAAAGCUCUAGCCGGGAGCUGCCUUCUGCCCUCCAAGUUGCUGGACUGAAUUCCCUACCUCCAACAGCCUCCUUCAGAGCUGAUUAUAAUUUAAAGACCAAUUUCAAACGGCAGAAGGAGGACCACUUUAAGUUGUUCUGACACAGAGUGGGAGCUGGCAGCGUGACGCGAACUCCACAACUAAAGUGACGAGCUCAGGAAAAUGCAAAAAUAGUGCGCUCCGAGGAAGAAGGAGAAAAGAAGUCAACUUCAAGCAGAUUGACUUGAAUCGGGAUCUCAUUUGAGAAGCCUAAGUGUCCAGUAAACUGUAGUAGUUAUUUUUUAUUUGGAAAACCCUCAAGUUCCAGUGGCUUUAUCAUCCUGUACUUUACUUUCUGAAAACCUGGCAAUCCCAUGUGGACUUCUGGUAGAAUGAGCAAUGCAAAGAGCUGGCUGGGACUUGGCAUGUCCUUGUACUUCUGGGGACUGAUGGACCUUACAACCACCGUUCUCUCCGGCACGCCAACACCACCAGGCAAAUUAGAAGCGCUCCUGUCAGAUAAGCCACAGUCACACUCGCGGACAAAGAGGAGCUGGGUUUGGAAUCAGUUUUUUGUUCUGGAAGAGUACACUGGAACUGACCCUUUGUAUGUCGGCAAGCUCCAUUCAGACAUGGACAGAGGGGAUGGAUCCAUCAAAUACAUCCUCUCAGGAGAAGGUGCAGGCAUCGUGUUUACCAUCGACGAUACCACUGGAGACAUCCACGCCAUUCAGAGGCUUGAUCGAGAGGAAAGGGCCCAGUACACUUUAAGGGCUCAAGCCCUAGACAGGAGAACAGGCAGGCCUAUGGAGCCGGAGUCUGAGUUCAUCAUCAAAAUCCAAGACAUCAAUGACAAUGAGCCCAAGUUCCUGGAUGGACCUUAUGUCGCCACUGUGCCAGAAAUGUCACCAGUGGGGACCUCUGUCAUCCAGGUGACAGCCACAGAUGCUGAUGAUCCAACCUACGGCAACAGUGCCCGGGUAGUAUACAGCAUUCUCCAGGGCCAGCCAUAUUUUUCUGUGGACUCCAAAACAGGUGUCAUUAGGACAGCUCUCAUGAACAUGGACCGAGAAGCCAAAGAAUACUAUGAAGUGAUUAUCCAAGCCAAGGACAUGGGAGGGCAGCUUGGAGGGUUAGCUGGGACCACAACGGUCAACAUCACCCUCUCAGAUGUCAAUGAUAACCCACCCCGCUUUCCCCAGAAACAUUAUCAGAUGAGUGUGUUGGAAUCAGCUCCAGUUAGCUCCACUGUGGGUAGAGUAUUUGCCAAGGACUUGGAUGAGGGAAUCAAUGCAGAGAUGAAAUACACCAUCGUGGAUGGAGACGGUGCAGAUGCCUUUGACAUUAACACAGAUCCCAAUUUCCAAGUUGGCAUCAUAACUGUGAAGAAGCCCCUGAGUUUUGAAAGCAAGAAAAGUUACACCUUGAAAGUGGAAGGAGCCAAUCCUCACCUAGAGAUGCGUUUUCUGAACCUAGGCCCAUUUCAGGACACAACAACAGUGCACAUCAGUGUGGAAGAUGUGGAUGAGCCCCCCAUAUUUGAACCUGGCUUUUAUUUUGUGGAGGUUCCUGAGGAUGUGGCAAUUGGAACAACCAUACAGAUCAUUUCUGCCAAGGACCCAGAUGUGACCAACAACUCAAUCAGAUAUUCCAUUGACAGAAGCAGUGACCCUGGAAGAUUCUUCUAUGUUGACAUUACAACAGGUGCCCUAAUGACUGCAAGACCCCUUGAUCGGGAGGAGUUUUCUUGGCAUAAUAUCACUGUCCUUGCUAUGGAAAUGAACAACCCUUCCCAGGUUGGAAGUGUUUCCGUCACAAUCAAAGUCUUAGAUGUGAAUGACAAUGCUCCAGAAUUCCCCAGAUUCUAUGAAGCUUUUGUAUGUGAAAAUGCCAAAGCAGGGCAGCUGAUCCAGACAGUGAGUGCCGUGGACCUAGACGACCCACACAGUGGUCAGCACUUCUACUACAGCUUGGCUCCCGAGGCUGCUAACAACCCCAACUUCACCAUUCGGGACAACCAAGAUAACACUGCCCGGAUUCUCACCAGGAGGUCUGGCUUCCGGCAGCAGGAGCAGAGUGUGUUUUACCUGCCCAUCCUGAUAGCAGACAGCGGGCAGCCGGUACUGAGCAGCACGGGCACGCUGACCAUCCAGGUGUGCGGCUGUGACGACGACGGCCAUGUCCUGUCCUGCAGCCCCGAGGCCUACAUGCUCCCGGUCAGUUUGAGCCGGGGCGCCCUCAUCGCCAUCCUGGCCUGCAUCUUCGUCCUCCUAGUGCUGGUGCUGCUCAUUUUGUCCAUGAGGAGGCACCGGAAACAGCCGUACAUCAUCGACGACGAGGAGAACAUCCACGAGAACAUCGUCCGCUACGACGACGAGGGCGGCGGCGAGGAAGACACCGAGGCCUUCGACAUCGCGGCCAUGUGGAACCCGCGGGAGGCGCAGGGGGGAGGCGCCCCCAAGACGCGGCAGGACAUGCUGCCCGAGAUCGAGAGCCUCUCCCGCUACGUGCCUCAGACGUGCGCCGUGAGCAGCACGGUCCACAGCUACGUGCUGGCCAAGCUCUACGAGGCCGACAUGGACCUGUGGGCCCCGCCCUUCGACUCCCUCCAGACGUACAUGUUCGAGGGGGACGGCUCCGUGGCCGGGUCGCUGAGCUCCCUGCAGUCGGCCACGUCGGACUCGGAGCAGAGCUUCGACUUCCUGACGGACUGGGGGCCCCGCUUCCGGAAGCUGGCGGAGCUCUACGGGGCGUCGGAGGGGCCCGCGCCCCUGUGGUGACGGAAGCCGGGAGGCAGGCGCGCGUCCAAACCCAGACGUUCUCGGCGGACGCUCACCAUGGGCGCCGCCAACCGCACGAGCAAUACUGUGCUGGAGAGCGAGAAGGGGGUGAGCGGCGAAGAGAGCUCUCUCUGGAUCAGCUUUACUUGGUUACCUUAAGUUAAGUAAUCAAAAGGAAACACAGGAAGAGGGGGGCAGUAACUCCAAUUACCUUUCUUUUCUUUUUCCUUUUUUCAUUUCAAUUUUUUGUGACAGUGUCUGCCAGGGCUUGGAGCCCAGGGUUAAGUUCUGGCGAGCUUGGCUUUUCUCUGCCACUCGCCAAGGCCUUGGUCCCUUGGCCACCGCUAAGAGUUUCUGGUCUUACAUACACAGGUGGCGAGUGAAAGAAAGUCUGACUCCUCGUAUCCUUUUGUCUUUCUUCCUCCCUUUAAAAAAAAAAAAAAUCUUCUUUUAUUCUCCAUUUAAGAAUUUUGCUGGCUCAUCAAACUGCACAAACCAACCCACACAAAAGAACACUGAAAGCUUGUUAUUCGGUGAAAUUAACCUACUUGUCCUGGGAUGGAUGGCAUUUCUUUUAACCCUUUUGAGACAAGGUUAAGGCGAAUCGGCCUUGCAUGAUGGGUGGGUGGGGGAUGGGAGAAGGAAGAGGCAUUGACUUUGUGCUCAAGUUUAACGGCUGAACCAAGAGUUGUUGGCAUUAGGAUGGCUCCAACUCCAUCAAGUUAGAGUGCCCUGUUCUCUCGGCUCUUUAACGGUGCCCUUGCAAAAUUGUUCAGAACGAAACCAGAAAAUCUGCCUCUUUUGCACUGUAGAUGUCUCUUCCAUGUGCCAAAUGUGAAGAUUAGAUGCUACAAAUGAAAGCCAAAUAAAAAGAAGUAUCUGAUAAAAGCAUGGGUUAGAGGGCUUUCCUAAUCUGUGUGAGGUCAAUCCAAGGGAUGUUUACAUACUGUAGAUAACCUACUUGAACAAAAAUCAGUAUUAUAGAGAAUAAAUGGAUGUAAGAAAAUUA